CUAUACUCCCUAGUCAUGCUACUAAUCUGCAAACUGUUAUACUUUCUGUGCACUCUCUUUGUGCCGAUUUCAAUGUGAUAAUAUCGGGAUCAUAUCAUACUCGGUUUCUAUACAUCAGCAGAUAUUAUAUGACUCGUGUGUGCGCUACUUCUUUUCGACAAGAUCAGAUCGACCUAAUAAACCUUAUCGCGUAAUUUUCCACAUAUCCUACACAAAAAGGAGUCUACUCCCAUCUCCCUAGUUUGUUCCAGAUCGAAUUCACGAUGGUGUCGGCUAGAACUUCAUCUGCCAUUUUCAUUCUAUUAUGUAGUGUGGUGCACAGUGCAAUGGCUUAUGAAGUCUAUUACGGUUCUUGGUAUCUCUAUGUCUGGAUCCCUCUGCUAAUUAUUGCGAUUAUCCGGUGCUGCUGCUAUUUGAACCGGAAGCGAGAACCGGAACAACGAAUUGUCUACGUAGAUGGCGUCCCAGCGGAUCAAACUCAGACGACAAUCAACACUACGCAAGUUACUGCAGGAAUUAGCGUAGUGAUUCCACCGGAACAGGCACCACCCUAUGGGCAGCAUCAAGGACCUGUCAUCAAUUCGGCUUACACUCCGGGUCCUGGUGAUGCGUAUCCACCACAGAAACAUGAAGCGGCGAUGUACCCACCAGCCUCUGGGGCAAAUGCCGCCUACCCUCCUCCUCCUCCAGGGUACAGCGAGGCCGUCAAACUUCCCAACUACCAGUCAAGUUAGAAGUCAUUCAACAAAAAUAUUGUUUUGAAUUGAUAUCCCAGUACUAACGAAGCAGUCUUUAACCGGAAAGAUGUAAUGAUCUUCGGGAACCUUGGAAUUAUCUGUUUAAGUAACCCCCAAAUAUAUUUUCAAAAAAAAAAAUAAAAAUCGGCCGUAUUCUACUAGCUCCUCCUUCAAACGGCUAAUCCAAGCUUGGCCAGGUAGGUGUUUCAAAAAGCCUUUCGUUAGUUACGACUGACUUUACGAACGGCUGGUGAUAAAAAUAAUGAUAUACAUCAAAUUUUCAUUGAAGUUGAUCUAGCGCCAAGGAAGGAUCACCAAUCGUUUGCAAAGUCGCUUGUAACUUUUGUGGAUAUUAUAGAAGCUGCUUUAUGAAACACCUGGCAGGAAUGAGGCCCUAUUUCCACCCCAAAUUCCUGUAACAAGUUAACAAUACCAACAAAGGCAAGGAAUCGUUCGAAUCGCACCACCACCCCAUCUACGUCAGGGGUUGGGACCCACUUACUUCAUUUUUUAAAACUUAGUUUUCUUGUCUAUUUGUACAGUUUGUACAGUAUUUCUUCUACGAUGGGGCCCUCCUAGCUAUUCGCCACUCCAUGCCUUUUUAUACAUUUUAUCCCACUAUUUAUUGGGAAUGAUUCUGAGCUUGCACAAAUGUCUCAAUAUACACCACCAUAUAAAGUUUAAUUGGAACAAGAAUAAAUUUAAAUAGCGCCCGCUUUGUCAGGCCACUUGAUCUCCCCGAUUGACUAUAAUUAUCGCUUCCCCCAAGAAAGGGAAUUGCCGGGAGCCCUGGACUGUUAAUAAAGUAAAAAUGCCCGCUCUUUGAGGCGUAUACAUUAAUUCCAAUAUAAUUCCAACACAAUACACUCACCGGGUUUAACUUAAAAUCUUUUCUCGAACUCAUAUCGGUAUACGAUGUACUUCUUUUAGCAAAAAUUGUAAGGCAAUGUAUGUGUACGUUUUAAAAUUUGAAAGAUGUGUAUACAUUAACAGGCGAAACCUAGCCAACGGUCUUUUCGAAUGAAUGCGGGAAAAUUAUGAAGCAAUUUAAUAUCGAAAACUGAAAACAUACGAUCAAAAUUUUGAAAUAUUGAAAUGUCAAACAUUCUCAUUCUUACAUAAAUUGUGAUAUUCUAUUGAGAUAUUAGCAAGGAGCUGAUAUUAGGCAGGGGCCGCGGAAACCGUGUACAAAAAACGUAAAAAUGACCAUAUGAUUGCAAUUUUUGGCAUGGUCAGCCCCCCCCCCCUUAGAAUACCGAACCGCGGCCCGUGUUGGGUACGUACGGCGGUUAGGGUGCCGUGCCUUAACGUCUGAAAACAUAUUCUUUCUAUAUUGUAUCAUGAUAAUUCAUUCAUUCCAGUAACAUUUUGACAAAGAAUACUUUAUUG